AUGGCUGCGUCUGUAGUCCUCUUACCACCUACCACACCACGAACCUACCACCGUAUUGUCUCGCCUACACUACGGAUCCCGACUGAUCCGUUGCAGCCAAUUCCUGUCGGUCUCCUGGCAUGUCAACGAGAUCCGCUUCUGCGCGAACUGGCCACAACCGUUGUGAGCUGCACAGUAUCUCAGCAAUCAGCGGUACCUUCGAAUGGUAGGAAGAGCAAGAAGGACAAGGCGCAGCCUCCGCCAUCCGAGCCUUUGCUUGAAGUAAUCUUGCACGAUACAAUCAUCUUCCCGGAAGGUGGAGGGCAACCGUCGGACAUUGGAAUACUCACCAGCGAGGACGGAGAGCUUUGGAAUGUCAUAGAGGUCAAGAGGCAUGGCGGUCAUGCUGUGCACUAUGUUCGUGCGAGAGACGCAAAUGCAGAAUCGGCGCUACGAGUCUUCACACCAGGAUCGAGAGUUGGUGUCGCAUUGGGUGAGGACGGCGUCAAGCGGCGGCUGGACCAUACGAGCAUGCACACAUCGCAGCACUUGCUAUCUGCCGUUAUCGAGACCCGGCUAAACUUACCCACUCUAUCUUGGUCUCUGACGGCUUACCCGGCCCCGUCCUAUGUUGAGAUUCCUCGGAGCAUGACUACCGAGGAGAUUGCCACGAUACAAGAGGAAGCCAAUAGGCUUGUCUUCGAAGGUCGAGCCGUGCACGUCGAAGUAGAGGAGCUGGAUCGCGAGAAAAUCUCGGAAGUGCCCAAACUUGAAAGUGGUCGCAACGUUGGCAAGGGACUCCCGUCUGACUAUACAGGCGGAGUAAAACGGACAGUCAUUAUUGAUGGCAUCGACCGCAGCCCAUGCUGCGGAACGCACAUGCCUACGACGCAUAAUUUGCAACUCUUCCUGCUGCCGCAUACAGAUGCAUUGUCGCGAUCGAACACCAGUUCGGCGCGUUUGUAUUUCCUAUCUGGUCCACGGCUGAUCACCUACCUCACGUCUACGCACACUCUGCUGGCCGGCACCGCUACAACGCUCAGCUGCGGAGCGCCUCAGGUGCCGGAACGCGUCGAACAGGUGGUGGAGGAGCGGAAGAAGGCCACAAAGCGCGUUGAAGACCUCGAAGCCGAGCUCGCCGCGGUUGUUGCGAAGGAUCUAUUGAACGUCGUCGCCAAUGACUUGGAGAGUCCGGAGGGGGCAUUUGCGCAUCGACAUCGCGUGGAUGACUCCACGAAUGCACUCGGAUUUUUGAACGCCAUCUCCAUGAGCUACGCGAGCCAGGCGCCGUCCGACCUGGAACCAUACUUAAUUGUGCUGUCGUCCUCACCUUCUUCUCAGAACGCUUCAUCCACCAGCGUGGUGUUGAUCUUCGGAGCGGAUGAGGAGAAGGUGAGAGAGGUCGGAGAGGGGCUGAAUAGUAAGCUGAGUGUCAAGGGUGGAGGCAAAGGGACGCGGUGGAGCGGCAAGUUCACCGGUAUCUGGCUGGAAGGGAGAGAAGGAGUAGUUGUUAACGAAGUACUCAAGACUGCUAGAGGCAUGUAA